UAAAUUUAUAGUUUUCCUCAACAAACUUACUGAACAAUAGUGUUAGAGUCGAGUUUUGAAUUUUCUUCUAUUACUAAGAAAAAAAAAGAAAAGAAUAUGGUCUCAUAUUCUCUUCUGAAUUUAUACAUUGUACUUGCUGGACCCAUUAAGUUUCCCUUCUUACGUUCCUUUCCUGACUUUCUUGCUUCACCUGUCGUCAUCCAUGUCACCAUGGACGUGUGGCGUUAAUCUUUCUUUCUGUUUCUUUUAUUUUAUUAAUUUUUUACACUUCCUUGUCUGUUUUCAUGACUGAUAUUUGCUCAUCUUUGAAACUCACUUGUUCACGCAUUUAUGGAGAAAAUUUUCCCACUGUGUCCUUCUUACGAUUGCCUGAUCACUUAUGUAAGUACAUCUUGUACCUACACAUGUAUAGCAGUUCUAUUGGGCCGACUCAGCCUUUUGACUCACAAAUUGGACUAGAAGACUUGAAAACUUUUUCUAUUUAAGGUUUUCUUAUAUGUUGAUUAACCCAUCAUAUUGCUGCUGUUUCAGGGGAAAUCAUGGCAAGGGAACACCACCAUGUGCUUAAUGCACUUGAUGCGGCCAAAACACAAUGGUACCAUUUCACUGCAAUUGUGAUUGCUGGCAUGGGUUUUUUCACUGAUGCCUAUGAUCUUUUUUGUAUCUCCCUUGUCACCAAGUUGCUAGGCAGAAUCUAUUACUACAAGGAAGAUUCUACUACUCCUGGAUCUUUACCAUCAAAUGUCUCAGCUGCGGUUAAUGGUGUUGCUUUCUGUGGCACCCUUGCGGGCCAGCUCUUCUUUGGCUGGCUUGGUGAUAAAAUGGGCAGAAAACGUGUAUAUGGAAUGACAUUGAUGCUUAUGGUCAUUUGUUCGAUUGCAUCAGGCCUCUCUUUUGGCAAAAGUCCUGCUGCUGUCAUGUCCACUCUCUGUUUCUUCCGCUUCUGGCUUGGUUUUGGGAUCGGUGGUGACUACCCACUUUCUGCUACAAUCAUGUCCGAAUAUGCUAAUAAAAGAACUCGUGGAGCUUUCAUAGCUGCUGUUUUUGCCAUGCAAGGUUUCGGGAUCUUGGCUGGGGGGAUGAUUGCUAUUAUAAUUUCUGCAGCAUUUAAGGCAAAAUAUACUGCCCAACCUUAUGAAAAUGAUCCGGCUGGCUCUACGGUAGCUGAAGCUGAUUAUGUUUGGAGGAUUAUCUUGAUGUUUGGUGCAGUCCCAGCAGCAGUAACUUAUUACUGGCGAAUGAAGAUGCCUGAAACUGCGCGUUACACUGCUUUAGUCGCCAGGAAUGCCAAACAGGCUGCAUCUGACAUGGCAAAAGUGCUUCAGGUUGAUUUGGAGGCAGAAGAAAAUGAGAAAGUUGAGCAGUCGGACAAAAAUAAUUUUGGUUUGUUCUCUAAGGAAUUUGUUCGCCGCCAUGGAAUUCACUUGAUUGGAACCACUACCACUUGGUUCUUUUUGGACAUUGCAUUCUACAGCCAGAAUCUGUUCCAGAAGGAUAUCUUCAGUGCUAUUGGAUGGAUUCCUCAGGCUAAAACCAUGAAUGCCAUCGAAGAGGUUUAUAGAAUUGCUAGAGCACAAACUCUCAUUGCUCUUUGUAGCACGGUUCCUGGGUAUUGGUUCACUGUCGCAUUAAUUGAUGUAAUAGGAAGAUUUGCAAUUCAAUUGAUGGGAUUCUUCUUCAUGACAGUGUUCAUGUUUGCUUUGGCCAUACCUUACCGUCAUUGGACUCUACCAAGAAACAGAAUUGGAUUCGUUAUCAUGUAUUCAUUAACCUUCUUCUUCUCCAAUUUUGGUCCAAAUGCCACCACAUUUGUGGUGCCUGCAGAGAUUUUCCCAGCAAGGUUAAGGUCGACCUGCCAUGGUAUAUCAGCUGCAUCUGGCAAGUUAGGGGCAAUGGUGGGUGCAUUCGGCUUCUUGUAUGCUGCAGAUGGUAUCGGUGUGAGAAAUACACUAUUAAUCCUUGCCGGAAUCAACUUCUUGGGAAUGAUGUUUACUUUCUUGGUACCUGAGUCUAAGGGAAAAUCAUUAGAGGAAAUAUCCGGUGAAGCUGAGGAAGAAAAUCAAAGUGACAAAACUACAAUAGUCUAGGCAAAAUGUUCCAGGCUUCUAGCUUAACUAGGCUUUCCUUUUAUGUAAUGUGUUAGCGUGAUCUACAGGACAUAAUCAAAGUCGCAUGGUAAACUCUGUUAGCGUGAAUAUAUGAAAAGUUUCAUUCAA